AUGGAAGAGAGGUGGCUUCAAUCUUUCUUGUCGUCUUGCGAGCUGCUCCACUAUGAGGAAAGAGCAUGCCAGUGGUGCAAAGAAGUGGGUGCAGUGCAGCUGUGUGAAGUGAUGGAGAAUUGGCAAGAUCUGGCCGAGCACUUACGGCUCAAACCAGCAGAGAGGAGGAGGUUGGCAGAGGUUUCAGGUGACCAAGAAGAUUCUGCGAGUAGCUGGUUGCUUCCAUGGUUGGAGUCAUUGCAGUUAGCACACUACGCGCCAGAAGCGAAAGCUUGGUGUGCGACCAUGGGCGCCGUUGACUGCUCCGACCUGAAAGAUGCCUGGGAAGUCUUCGCAGCCGAUCUUCGGAUGGAUGCUUUGGAAAUCCAUCGUCUUUCCCGCGCGUGUGCCGGCUGUGUGCCAGGUGAGGGUUGUUAG